AUGAUUUCAUUAAGUAUCUAUCAUGUUAUCAUUGGGUACCUAUUUCGCGUUAUUGAAGUUUGGUUCACUAAAGCAGAACGCGAACUUUCAGCAGCAAGGCCCUUUGGAUACGGGCUGCGCAAGUUUUAUUAUUCCUCCCACCUGCUUAUACCACCCAAAAAGGAUGAGAAAGACAAAGAAGCUGAAAAGCCAGCAGUAAAACCACCGGAUAAGGAAGGAGCUGCACCGAAAAAAGUACAUAAAAUUUAUAUUGCAGUUACUUCUGAUAGAGGAUUAUGCGGCGGUGUGCACAGCGGUGUGGCGCGCCGCAUCCGCCGCGAGCUGACGGAGCUCAAAGUGGUUGACUCGCCGGAGCACCGCCUGGUUUGCAUCGGAGACAAGUCGCGCUCCAUGUUGCGUCGACUCUUCGCCAAGAACAUGCUUGUCAGCGUUAAAGAUAUUGGGAGGAUGACUCCAAUCUUCGCUGACGCAUCGACACUAGCGGCUGCCAUUGCAGACUCAAAAUUCAAAUAUGACAUGGGUGACGUGUUCUACAACAAGUUUUUUUCUGCGGUGAAGUACGAAUUAACCGUUGUUCCCGUCUUCAAUAAGUAUCAGAUUGAGUCUGCGCCAAACAUGACAGCGUUCGACGACAUUGAAGAAGAUAUGCUGGAGAGCUAUGCGGAGUUCACACUGGCGGCGCUGCUGUAUUACGUACUGAAGGAGUCGGCCACCUCGGAGCAGUCUGCGAGGAUGGCCGCCAUGGACAACGCCACGAAAAACGCUAGCGAGAUGAUCCGCAAACUGACACUCCUCUUCAACAGAACCAGGCAGGCCGUCAUCACUAAAGAACUCAUCGAAAUCAUAUCCGGGGCAUCGACGCUACAAGAGAAAUAAAACUCCGGAACGUGCCAUCACAUUGAUCGUCCCCAAAUGCAACUUUUGAGUGAAAUGUCCUAGUUGUAUUGUGAAAGUAUCAUUUAUUUUUUAUAGUAUAACUAUUUAGUUUUAUAAA